AUGGCGCUCUUGAAGAGAGUGAUUACUCUGAAGAGUCCCCCAAAAUCUUCCAUAAAGCAUUCUUUCGUCGACUCUCAUUUAAGGGAUUACGCAAAGGAAAGUUCCGAUGAAGAGGGAAACAGUAAGAGUAAUAAGAAAUUUGCUAAAAUUGUGGUAGAAUGUCGAAAAGAAGGUAUAGUCGAUAACUUGACACCAGAAAGUUUAGAUCAGCCAACGGGCACACAAAAAUGGGAGAAAUGUCGUUUGGCAUUGGUGAAGGCAGUGGGAGGAUAUAUGUUGGAAUUCUAUAUGCCGCCCAAGGCAACUAAGCCACGUUGUGGAGUUUUUUGUUUCCUAAUUUCAGAGGCCCGCGAAACGACCGCCUUGGAAAUGCCCGAUCGUGAGAAUACGUUUGUUUUAAAGGCGGACAAUAAUAUGGAAUAUGUUAUAGGGGCUCAAGAUGCCGAUGAUAUGCGCAGCUGGUUGGCAACUAUACGCUAUUGUAUGCGUACACCGCCCACACAACAGCCCACUACGGAUACCGAAGUAAUGGCUGCCGCUAUGCAAACCUCUCCCGUUAUAAUGAAUUCAAAUACCAACAGCAUGUUAAAUGCUGUACAAAAUCCACAGUAUCAUCAACAAAAUGCCAUGGGCUCAAAUGGUAAUAUGGCACCCAGUAGCUCUCUAUCCGAAAAUGCUCUCUCCACACUGCAAACUGGAGCAGCCGAUAGUGCUGUUCCAGAUACACAAUGUACGGCAGCAGGACCUGAUGUACCACCAAGGCGCGGUGAACAACGAUUAUCUUCCUCUAGUAAUAUUGAACCCUGCGAUGGUCUUGAUCCCGACUCUGAUUUAAAUGUCAUAGACAUAACGAAUGAAAUGCGACAAUAUCCCUGGUUCCAUGGCACGCUGCCGCGUUCAGAUGCUGCUCGUAUGGUUUUACAGAAUGAGGCACAAGGGCAUGGUUUCUUCCUAGUACGUCAAAGUGAGACGCGCAAGGGUGAAUUUGUACUCACCUUUAAUUUCAAUGGACGUGCCAAACAUUUGCGCAUGACACUAUCCGAUAAGGGUCAGUGUCGAGUGCAGCACUUGUGGUUCCCUUCCAUACAGGAAAUGUUGGAACAUUUCCGCCACAAUCCUAUUCCUCUCGAAUCGGGCGGUACAUCAGAUGUUACUCUCACCGAGUACAUACACAAUCAAGGAGUUCCUUACAAUAAUAAUCAAAUCAAUGAAACGACGAAUGGUUUAACGUCGGCGAUAGAUAAUAAUGGUUCAUCAGUAACUGGAGGCGUUGGAACGGGAGUGGGGGCAUCCACUGCCAGUGUUAAUGGUACUUCACAGCAGCAACAAGAUCCAUCACCGAGACAUGUGAGAUAG